AUGUCCGCCGCGCCCAAUUAUUCGUACUCCAGCCUUGCCAAUAUGGGUCCGCAAGGCCGGUGGCGGCGCGUGCUGUUCAUCGCCCUCAUCCCGACGCUGUGUGCGUUCGUUUACUACGCAUACGGGUCGAGUUACCUGCCGUCCACCUUCAAGCCCUCGCAAUACCCAUACCAGCACAAUGUGUCCCUCCCCGCCGACGACGUAUCCAUGUCGACCGUCAUCAAAGCCCUUUACGGCCCUAUACUGCACCCCGUCGACGCCGCGAAUUUCACCGAUGAAGACGGAGACACACACCAUCUACCCGGCGAGCCGCGUUUCAAGGAGAGAUUGGGGAAGCGGGUGCUGGUAUUGGAUAUUGAUAGCAGACCGCUGACGGGCGAUGGGCAGCUCAUGAACCAAGAGCUGAAGUGGAAGGGCAUGCGCCCGUUGUCGGCGGGCAUGCUGAGCCACUACAUGUACGCAAUGAUCCACGGUUACGACUACAAGUUCAUCCGCGCACCCGAUUACACCGACCGCUGGGGGACAUGGGUGAAGGUACCUAUGAUGAAAGAAGCCCUUAAAACGCACGACUACAUCGUGUUCAUGGACUCAGACGUCAUGUUCCACUACCCGCACCUCCCGCUCGAAUGGCUCCUGAACUACUGGAAUAUGACUCAGGACACGCUGGCCAUGAUGUCCAUCGACCCCGACGAACCGCAGAACUACGACGCAAAAGGCAACCGAUACCUGAACACCGGAUUCGUGAUAGCGCAACAGAGCAAGCGCACGCAGGAGAUGUACAAGGCAUGGGCCGAAUGCCCGUCGGAGAACCGCUACACUGGCUGCUCGAGAUGGAAGCUGGACUGGGCGCAUGAGCAGGCCGCGUUUGGAAACUACAUCCGCUACGACUUCGACCGGCCCGACGAUAUCAGGGUACUGCCCUGCGUAGAAGCCAAUGGCGCACCUGAGGCUGUCAACCGAGGUGGCUGCAAAGGCAUCUUCGUGCGCCACUUCUGGGUCGACAAGGGCCUGCUCUCGAAAGGCCUUGCCGACUCAGUCAUGCAGUACUUCCUUCCCCGACUACACCAGCUCUACCACCAAACCGCGUCAGAACACAUCGUCGACGCGAAAGGCUACAGGCUAAAGGGUGCCGAGCUGAUCGAGAUGACGCCCGAAGAGCAGGAGCAGCUGAAGAAGGACCAAGGCAAGAACCAGAAAGACGAAGGAUUCUAA